AAACAAUUGUAUAUUAUGUCAUGUCUGAGGAUGAUAAAGGCAAGGUAUGCCCAAAACACUGUGAGAUACAAACAAUUGUAAAUUAUGUCAUAUCUGAGGAUGAUAAAGGCAAGGUAUGCCCAAAACACUGUAAGAUACAAACAAUUCUAUAUUAUGUCAUGUUUGAGGAUGAUAAAGACAAGGUAUGCCCAAAACACUGUGAGAUACAAACAAUUGUAAAUUAUGUCAUGUUUGAGGAUGAUAAAGGCAAGGUAUGCCAAAAACACUGUGACAUACAAACAAUUGUAAAUUAUGUCAUGUUUGAGGAUGAUAAAGGCAAGGUUUGCCCAAAACACUGUGAGAUACAAACAAUUCUAUAUUAUGUCAUGUUUGAGGAUGAUAAAGACAAGGU